UAUUGUUUGGCAACAUGAAUGCCGCGCGGCCGUAACCAUCUGACCAUUGUAAGAUGUUAUCGUCGUUUCACAUGGAACUUGGAAGACUAGACGGACCUUUGUACUUUUUCGUUGCAGAGGACCGCAGUGAGUGAGUGACCACCCCCCACCCCCCUUCACCAUGGCCCUAGUGUUUGGUAUCGGUGCGGGUCUCUUCACUCUCGGCAUAAUAUGGGGCUUCUCUCUACUGAUGUGCAUCAUUCUGUCCCGGGCUGCUGGGGGUGCCAAAUAUGGAGGUUUUGCCUUGAUUGUACUAGCCGGUGUGAUAACCGUCAUACUGAUCAUCUACCCCAAGGAAGGAUUGGUGCCAGAACCGGACAUACGGAUAACGGACCGCAUGUUUUGGCCUCGUGUCAUCAUCCUUACACUCAUCAGCAUAUUUGCUCUUCUCUGCUUUGUCUUCAUGUUCAUAUUUCAUUGGACGGAGCCAAUCUACGCCAAGCCAAUCAAGAGCAAGAGAUUCUGAUAAGUGGAAUAUCACUGAGAGUGACACCAGUGAAUUGUAAUAUGAGGAGUGCACUAGUGCACAGGAGGUCGGAAGUUGCAGUCCCACCUGAGUAAGAUUUUGAAGUUUACUCACAACUUCUCGGAGAGAAGUGUUCAGUGCUUGUAAUACAACAGUGGAGUGUAUG